ACCGAGCUGCAUCCGACCAGACCCCUGCACCUGGGUGGAGGGCUGAAAGCAGCCGCCCACGGUGCAAGGUCCCCCGCGGGGGCGAAGGGGCAGUGGCGGCCGGGCUGGGUCUGGCCACGCGGACCGAGCUCCUGGCUCGGGCAGAGGCAGAAAUGACCUGGAGUUGGCAAUUUGGGCCCUGCUCCUUCCCAGUGGGGCCUGAGGGAGCGAAGGUGCAGAGGCUGCAGUGAGGGGCAAAGGCAGCUCUGCUGGCCUCUCUCUGAGCCCUUUCCUUUCCUGAAGACACUGCGCUUAUCCCUUUGGCCACUUGUAUCGCACACUGCUCAGGGAGGAGCUGCUGUACGGUCCUUGGAGGCCACGUGGCCUCCUGACCUUCUCAGAGACAGAGCCAGGAGGCCAGAGGCAUCCCCUCCCUAGGGCUGGUUGGGCUCUGACCUCAUUCCUCUAACUCCACCCAGAGUGGCACUGAAUCUGCCACUCAGUCAUCUCAUUUGCCCGCAGACUUUAAGGCCAAGCCCUGUGCCCGGCUCUCUGCCUGGCUUCUUGGGGGUCCUCACUCCCUGGCCACACUGACCUCAGGACCUAGGGAAAUGAACUAAAGCAGGGGCAAUCCAUUCUGUUCGAGGAGGUACCAUGGAGCCGAACCUUGAAGGAUAAAUGAGAUUCCCAUGGGAGGACCAGGGAGGGGAGAACAGGCAGGAUGGAGGGAACAGUAUAAGGAAUGGCCUUUGGGCCCCGGGCCCUGGCUCCAGCCUCAGAGUGUGUGACCUCCAUGUUUAAUGUGUAUAGAGGCCCUUUGCAGGCAUAUCCUCAGCUCUCUCCAGUGCUCAACACAUAGUAAGUGCUCAAGAAAUACUUGAUGAACUGAAUUUGAAUUGAAAACAAAAGACCCAGAGCCCAAAGCAUGUUCUUAUUCUGUUAUUACCACCACUUAGGAAAGGUCUGGCUCAGUGAGGGAUAUUACCCACAUUAGCUCUGAUCCCUCCAGGCCUUGGACGUGAGCAUUAGUCUUCCCAAUACUCAGUGGAGGAAACCAGGGUGCAGAUGGGGUGUUACUCCCAGCAGGAUUCUCCCUAAUGCCUCUGCUCAUUCCAGGUCCCUGCUCCAGGGCAGCCAUGAGCCUGGUGGCCCAUGAGUGUCCCCCUGGCCCUGGCCUGGACCCCGAGCCCUGCUCAUGAGUGCGGUCCCAGGCCCUAGUGUACCGGGAGCAGAUUCGCAACCGGGUCACUCCAGGGGCAUCUGACAUGACCAAGCGCGACUACCUUGUGGAUGCAGCCACACAGAUCCGGCUGGCCCUGGAGCGUGAUGUCAGUGAGGAGUAUGAGGCAGCCUUCAGCCACUACCAGAAUGGCGUGGACGUUCUGCUCCGAGGCGUAAAUGUCGACCCCAACAAGGAGAGAUGUGAGGCUGUAAAGCUGAAAAUUACCAAGUACCUGCGGCGGGCGGAGGAGAUCUUUAAUUGCCACCUGCAGAGGACGCUGGGCAGUGGAGCCAGCCCUGGCACGGGUUUUAGCAGCCUGAGGCUGCGGCCCAUCCGCACACUGAGCUCUGCCCUAGAGCAGCUGAGGGGCUGCAAGGUGGUUGCGGUCAUCGAGAAGGUGCAGCUGGUCCAGGACCCAGCGACUGGAGGGACCUUCGUGGUGAAGAGCCUGUCCAGGUGCCACGCGGUGAGCCGGGAGCGGCUGACCAUCAUCCCACACGGCGUCCCCUACAUGACCAAGCUGCUGCGGUAUUUUGUGAGCGAGGACUCCAUCUUCCUGCACCUGGAGCAUGUGCAAGGAGGCACUCUGUGGUCCCACCUGCUCUCCCAGCCGUGCCUCCAACAGUCUGGGACUAGGUCUGGCUCCGGCCUGGAGAGGAUGAAGGCUCAGCUCUACUCCCGACUCAGUCUCCAGACCCCAGCUCGCUUCCCACCUGGCCACCCCUGCCUGCAGGACCGAAUCCCCCUGGAGCCUCCCCGGACUUCUCAGAGCCUUACCCCGGCCGGGGGGGCUGCAGCCAUCAGACCCCAGAGAGAGGCUGAAGGUGAACUCUCAGCCGGGACCGGCCCUUCCUGCUCCUGGGACCUUCCAAAGGCCCCAGGUGGCCACCUGCACCACCAAGCCAGGCGGGGGCCCGGCCAGAGCUCUGAUCCGGGGCCCCCUUGCGGGCUCCCUUGGGUUCGUGCAGGGGCCGGCCGGGUGCUGGGGGGCUGUGGCCGAGGCAGAGGUCGGAGCCGCCCCUCAACCGGUGGAGCCGCCUGGAGUGUGAGGGAGGAGCAGGUGAGGCAGUGGGCAGCCGAGAUGCUGGUGGCCCUGGAGGCGCUGCACGAGCAGGGGGUGCUGUGCCGGGACCUCAAUCCCCGGAACCUGCUCCUGGACCAGGCAGGCCACAUCCGGCUCACGUAUUUCGGCCAGUGGUCAGAGGUGGAGCCCCAGUGCUGCAGGGAGGCUUUGGACAAACUCUACAGCGCCCCAGAGGUGGGUGGGAUUUCUGAGCUGACCGAAGCCUGCGACUGGUGGAGCUUUGGGUCUCUGCUGUAUGAACUGCUGACGGGAACGGCGCUGUCCCAGAGCCACCCCUCAGGAAUCCAACCCCACACCCAGCUCCAGCUGCCCGAGUGGCUCAGUCGCCCCGCAGCCUCCCUGCUGACUGAGCUGCUGACGUUUGAGCCCGCCGGGCGCCUGGGCGCUGGAGGAGGCGGUGUCAACAAACUCAAGUCCCACCCCUUUUUCAGCACCAUCCAGUGGAGCAAACUGGUGGGGUAACCGGAGGGGGUGGAGUAGGCAGUGGAAGCAGCUGGACUGGUCUGGAUCUCCUCUCUUCUCUUUGCCUGCCACCCAGAGCUGGCCAUUCUAAUCAGCGGCCCUCGGGCAAAGAAUGAAAGGCAGCUUGCCUUUCCUGGUCGGGCCCCUCCCUUGGGCCUCAGAAGUCUCUUCACUGACCAGGAAGGGCCUACGGAGUCCCCCAGCCACGUGCUGGAGAAACCCUUCCUAGAUGGUGCUGAGCGGGAGGGAGAGAGAGAUCUCAGCCUGUUAGGCAGCUUGAACCCCUCCACCCAUCAGUCAACAGUCACCUGCUGAGUGCACACCCUGGACUUGAACUUGGACCUACCAUGUUAAAAGGUGCCUUCCUUUGCAUUAGCUCUGAGCUACUGACCACCUGCUGAGCCGUGAAAUUUUGUGACUCAUUAUCUGCCAUGUGCCCCACUCGGGAUGUCUCUGGAGACUCACCUCAGGAUACUAGUCCACCGGCUUAGUGGUCCCAAACCAGGGCUGCCCUGGCUGGUCAUCUUAACCACGCAACUAGUGGGCCUCUUCCACCAGAGGCUACUUUUGCAGGGGGUCGGGAGGCUGGGGAAGCAGGGAAGAAGUCUGUAGUGGGCAUGGGGUGGGGUGAGGGAAUGGGACAGGACAACCCAUUCCCCCCUCCUGACCAUGCCCCUUAUCUUGUGAUUACCGACUUUGGAGAGCAAAAGGAAAGGAGGGGAGGAAAAUAAGGAUAAAGAGGAAUGGGGGGAGAGAGGAAGGCACAGCUCUGCCACUUAGAGAAAUUUUGGAAACAAAGAGCUCCCUUCCCCGGCUAGCCCACCCAUGUGGAGAGAAAGGAAAACCUGCCCCAUGGGUCUGAGGGGAGAUCGCCAUUCAGUCUCCAGGCUGAAGCCACUUGAAGAAAAGUUGUACCCACUAGGACUCCCUUCUCGGACGUUCGUCCUGUUUACCAUUUUGCAUUUUAGUCUUGAGGGUCCACUCAAUCCACUGCCCACUGUGACUUCAUAUCCUUUUGAAAUGAAACCACAAAACACAUGGGAUGAUGGCCCAAGCUUUUAGCCGGAAGCAAAAUGUUUCUGGUCUCGGAAGAACUGGGGUAAGUAGUUAUCCCCAAAGACAAUUCCCUCCCCAGAUUUGGGGGCCUCCUUCCUCUCAGGACUCACCCUGUCACUGGGGUGUGGCAUCUAAGACAAACUUCCACAGAUCUCCACCAACUCCUUCCCGCCUGCGUCUCCGGCACCACCAGGUGGCGCCUCUGACAACACCCUCCAGUCUGGCUGUGAAGGCCCAGCUCUAAAUCUGGGGCUGGGGACCUGUUGUGGGCAUGGCGCGAAGCUCCUCAGGCCCUCUGGACGCGUCCGGGGGACGUGGGAGGUGCAGCCUUUGGAAGGUCCUGGCUCUCCCUGGGGCUUGCCCAUGUCCCUCCACCCCGACUCCAAUAAAGCCUGCUGUUGCCUCUGG